AUGUGUUCGGUUGCUUACUGGCGUUGGGUUGAUAGUAAUAAACAAAUAAGAGUUUGUUUCGUCGCGAGUAAAUGUCGAGUUAGUCCUGUAAAACCUGUAACAAUACCUAGAUUGGAAUUGCAAGCAGCUGUAAUGGCUGCGCAAUUAGCAAACACACUACAGUCCACACAUCGAAUAAAAACAGCUGAUCGAUACUUUUGGAGUGAUUCCACGACGGUGUUGCAGUGGAUACACAACAACAAAAGGUCUUACAAACCUUAUGUAGCUCACCGCUUAGGCGAGAUCGACGAAUUAACUCGAAUUAACGAAUGGAGAUACGUACUUACUUCAAUGAAUGUUGCAGACAGAGGCACACGGGAGAACUACGACAGUCUACGAUUGGAUGGUGAGUGGUUUAAUGGACCUACCUUUCUGUACGAGGCGGAGAGUUCAUGGCCUACAAGUUCCGUUAUUAUACCUAGCGUCGAUGAGUGUGACCUGGAAUGUGUAACAAAUAUUCUACAAGUAGAACACUUACAUGAACACGCGGCUGUACCCGAUCCGAUGCGGUUUUCUUCUUGGAUACGUCUCUUGAGAAGUAUGUCUGCUGUUCUGAAAUUUAUAAGUAAAUGUCAAAAAAGGGAAUUUGAUGAGUGCACUAGUAUGAAGCGUGCUGAACUUCAGCUACUACGAUAUGCACAAACGCAAUCUUUUAGUACAGAAAUAGGUUUAAUCAAAGGUGGAAAAUGUUUAAAUAAAAAUAGUAAGCUACUUACUCUAUCGCCAUUUCUGGAUGAAGAUGGUUUACUCCGUGUGGGUGGCCGCAUAGAUGUCGCUGCUGACGUUACCUAUAGCAUGAAGCAUCCUGUAAUAUUGGAUGGACGGAACAAAAUAGCCAGAUUGAUAGUGCAGUAUUAUCAUGUGAACGCAGGCCACGGCAACCAGGAGAUGGUAGUAAACAACCUGAAACAAAAAUAUUGGUUAAUACGAAUGAGACCCACAGUAAAAGAAAUAUCAAAAAAAUGCAUGCUCUGUAAAUUAAGAAGAGUGAAACCUCGGAUACCGAAAAUGGGUGACUUACCUUCUGCCAGAGUAGCUCAUCAUCAACGGCCUUUCACUCACUGCAGGAUUGACCUUUUCGGACCUAUGGAGGUUACAAUAGGCAGACGAAGAGAGAAGCGGUAUGGUGUUAUUUUUACCUGUCUCACUGUAAGGGCAAUUCAUUUGGAGACAGUGUCGUCCUUCAGUACCGAUUCCCUCAUAAUGGCUCUUCGUAGGAUGGCUUCGAGGCGUGGUUGGCCUGCACAUCUGUACUCCGACAAUGGGACAAAUUUGAGAGGGGCAGAUGCUGAGCUUAAGAGGGCGGUAGCAGAGCUCGACGAGAAGACGCUGCAAACUACAGCAAGCAUCCACGAUACGCAAUGGACCUUCAUACCACCGGCCAGCUCCCACUGGGGUGGGGCGUGGGAGCGCUUAAUUCGAAGCGUCAAGGUUGCACUGAAAGUGGUCCUCAAGGAACGAGCACCCAGAGAGGAGGUUUUAAACACCCUGAUGGCUGAAGUAGAAGCUAUGGUGAAUGGACGUCCGCUGAGUCACGUGUCAGUAGAAGUUGACAGUAAGGAGUCCUUGACACCCAAUCACUUUUUGCUCGGCUCAUCGUCACUCUCACCGCAAAUGGGCAACUUCAACGAUUCCGAUUUGUUUUUGAGACGGCAAUGGAGGAUAGCACAGAGAUUAGCGGAUAUGUUCUGGAGAAGAUGGGUAACCGAGGUGCUACCAGAACUAAUACCUCGCCAAAAGUGGACCACCGAAUUACAUGCGCCCCUUCAAGUAGGGGAUCUAGUGUUUGUCGUCGACCCUAGUGCCAUGCGUAACGUUUGGCCGCGAGGUGUAGUCGAAGAAGUCUUCACCGGCAAAGACGGUAAUGUGCGAGUGGUACAAAUUCGAACUCAGCUGGGUAGUCUUAAGAGAUCUGUUGCUCGCGUCGCUAAAAUUCCUUUGGAUGUGUGA